UACAAGGCCGUAACUGAGCUCGUAACACUCUCACUCCGAGGGUCUCUCCGAUCACUCGGUUUUAAACAAGGGUGGGUCUAGUCGGCUUCGUGGGAGGGGUCUCCAACCACAUCAAUCCCAAACCCAAAAAACUUGACGAUUAAAAUACCCGAAGAAAAUCACCACAAAAAACCCAAAGAAAAAUUUCCAAAAGUGAAUAAUCACACUCGGUGAUCUCUCGUACAAGCGACAAGCCGCUGGAUUAAAAAAAAAACAUCAGAAAAGUGUGUGCACGAGGAAGUGGCCGAGUGUUCUCUGGAGGAAUCAUCUGGAACUCGAUGAUUAUUCGAUCGACUUGGAGAUUACGGAGCUGAUCAGCUCGUUGUGAAUGUCAAAUAUUGGCGUUGUCCUGAUACUCUCCCUGUUCUUUUUAUUUCUUUUAUUUUUAUUUUUUCCCCCUUCUGUUUCGGCUCCCCAUAUAAAACGAGUCGAUCCCCCCAUGUUUUAGUGUCGCUUGAUGGCUGCUGUCGUACCAAAGGGUGGGGGAAUACAAGCCUUGUCCACCUAAUAUUCACUACAGAAAAUUAUAUGCGGGAAUAUGUCGAGCUUGAAAAUUGGGAGAAUGCCUGCUGCACUGCCGACAACACAAGCAGAUUUGAGAUUCAUUCGAGUAGUUCGUGAGUAGCAGUUUUGUCGCUCUCUCGGCCCAGUCUCGGACAUAAAUAUCUUAAUAUUUGCACAUGGCAGCCAUGAAGCAUGGCAAGACGAACCAGGACGACGUGUGCUACGUUGUCGCCAAAUACGAUUACAACGCCCAGGGUGCCCAGGAGUUGGAUCUCCGUAAAAAUGAGCGCUACCUCCUGCUGGAUGAUUCGAAACACUGGUGGAGAGUGCAAAGUGCACGUGGCCAAGCUGGAUACGUGCCAAGUAAUUACGUUAAGAAGGAAAAACCGUCCCUGUUCGACAGCAUAAAGAAAAAAGUGAAAAAGGGAUCGGGCUCGAAAACCCUUCCCUCAGGUAAUUCACCAUCACGAGCUGUUGAAUCACCAAUAAUGGCACGUAGAUUACCAGCUGAUCCGAGUGAAGCCAUUGGUACAGCUGUCGUUAAGUACAAUUAUCAAGCACAACAGGCCGAUGAAUUGUCACUGGUAAAGGGCACACGCAUUCUCAUCCUCGAGAAGAGCAAUGAUGGAUGGUGGAGAGGACAGAGUGGCAAUCAGGCUGGAUGGUUUCCAUCUAAUUAUACACAGGAGGAAGGUGAUGCUGAUGAUACACUUCACACUUAUGCUAUGGCUGAAAAUGUUCUUGAUAUCGUCGUUGCGCUGUACUCUUUCUCAUCGAAUAAUGAUCAGGAGCUGUCAUUUGAGAAAGGUGACAGGCUUGAGAUACUCGAUCGUCCACCAGCUGAUCCUGAAUGGUAUAAAGCUAGAAAUGGACAGGGACAGAUUGGUCUUGUGCCUAGAAAUUAUUUACAGGAGUUGAGUGAAUAUUUGACUCAACCCUAUCGUGAUCGGGGUAUGACGAGUAGUGAAAUAAGCACUGGUGAUUCGUUAGAGCGGAGGCCAGAUCCUGGGGACAGACCUCAUCUUGUGGGUAAACCCUGGUAUUAUGGGAGUAUCACCAGAUCACAGUGCGAUAAUCUACUCAAUCAGCAUGGACAUGAUGGAGAUUUUCUUAUUAGAGACAGUGAAACCAAUAUGGGUGAUUACUCAGUCUCUCUUAAAGCACCUGGUCGCAAUAAACACUUCAGGGUGCAUGUGGAAGGUGCUCUGUAUUGUAUUGGACAAAGAAAAUUCCACACACUCGAUCAACUAGUUGAUCAUUACCAACGUGCACCAAUUUACACUAACAAGCAGGGUGAAAAAUUGUACUUGGUGCGUCCCCUGCCAAAAGGUAAUUCCAAUAGCAAUGGUUGCUAAGAUGUCAAGUGGAGAAUAAUCUCAUGGCAGAAUAAGAAACCCGGGCAGCCUAGUAAUUAUUCAAUAUCAAUCUCGUACAUUUAUACUUACAGCGUUUUUCAAUCUGCGAAUUAUUCCAAAGAUAUCAAUUAAUUCCCAUCGUCGAACGAAAACUAUUUUCCAAUUAUGACACCACGAUGAACCCUCAAUUAGACAAAUGAAUAUUAUUUAAAAAUUCAAGGGCCUCUAUUCAUUUUUUAUUUAUAUAUUUCUGCGAUAAUUCUCAGAGUGAAAAACGGUAAUAACAAUUAACACAAUUGGAGUUAAAGAAAAAACGAAACCUCAUAUAUUAGUGUUUUUCAUUCAUUUUGUCAAUUUAACUGCUAAUUAAUUUAUUACACUAAGUAAUACUGCAAUGAUCCGUUGGAGCUUCCAACCAAUUUUUUAGAUAAAAAAUUAAUACCAGAAAAGCUAAAAAAAAAAGGUUUUAUAUGAUGAAAUGAAAAGACAGAUAAAAAUGAAGCUAUGGCAGCUGAUAGCCCUUCCCCAUGAUAGUUGGCACGAUUGCUUCUUCUAUCACUCUUUUUUAUAUCAAUGUAAUUGUACUACAGUGACACGACUGAUCAUGUUAUUACUAUAAUAUAUUGAGAAGAAAAAAAAACAACAACUACACGUAAUCUAGCCUGCAAGUGUAUCAAUUAAUCAAUUAAUGCAGAUACCGUGUAUUUAUAUACGAAUCGAUUGGGAUCCAUCGACAAUUGAAUAGUAAAGAAAAAAAUUACGACAAGAAAAUGAAACAAAGACUACGUGUCCAUUUGUGAUUUUGUAUUUAUUAGAUGCAAUUUUUCAAGUGAAUAAAUCAUAUUUAAGUGUGAGCGAUUUUUUUCGGGAUUUUUUUUUUUUGUAUUUUUUAUUAUUUUGUUCUUUUUUUUUGAGAGAAUAAAAUGACUCAUUAUUUAGUAACAAAUAUUAAUUUCUUUAUUUAACGUGUAUAAUAGUUUCAUAAAUAAGUUCACUUCAGGUUUUCUCUUCGUUUAUGCGAAUGAAAAGUUAAAAGUUAAGGCCGAAGGAAUAAGAGAGUGCUUUUUUUU